GCUCUAGGCAGUUCAGAGGGAAAACUCAGUGACCCGCAAAGGCGCAAGAGGACAGUAAAACCCGGAUGAAGCCAUUCCCCUGGCGCUCUCCUGCCUUCUCGGAGUCCGGAGCGAUCGGGACUCGGGCGGUCAUGCUGGCUAGAUUGGCUCCUCCCUCAGGAGAAGCGCCUCAGAAAGCAGUGUGUUGACAAUGGCAGCCAGCGACAAUAAUGGCAAAAAAGUGACCCCUGCACUCCGAAUAAGUCAGCUUGAUGCCCUUGAACUAAACAGAGCCUUGGAGCAGCUAGUUUGGUCCCAGUUUACUCGAUGUUUUCAUGGAUUUAAGCCUGGCCUGUUGGCUCGCUUUGAACCAGAGGUUAAGGGAUUUCUUUGGCUUUUUUUGUGGAGAUUCACCAUCUAUUCUAAGAACGCGACAGUGGGACAGGCUAUUCUGAACAUUCAGUACAAGAAUGACUUAUCCCAGAAGCAAAACUACCAGACGCUAAGCAAGCACCAGAAACUAUGGUAUCUUAUUUGCAUUGUUGGUGGUAGGUGGCUGGAAGAAAGGUGCUAUGAUUUGUUUAGCAAUCGCCCAUUGGAGUCUUUCCAGAAGACCAAGUAUUUCAUUAAUUUAGCAGUUGGAUUCCUCAAACUUUGUGAAUUACUGAACUUCCUCAUUUUUCUUCAGAAAGGAAAGUUUGCUACCCUCACUGAGCGUAUUUUAGGAAUCAGGUCUGUGUUCUGUCAGCCUCAGAGUAUUCGUCAAAUUGGAUUUGAAUACAUGAACAGGGAACUCCUGUGGCAUGGGUUUGCAGAAUUUCUUAUUUUUCUUUUGCCCCUUAUUAACAUGCAAAAACUCAAACUCAGUCUUUCUUCUUGGUCUCUAGCUGUUGCAGGAUGUUCAAAUAAGGAAAAUUCUUUGGCAGCAGGUAGUAAGGAAUGCUGUCUCUGUGGAGAAUGGCCAACUAUGCCUCAUACCAUUGGCUGUUCACAUGUUUUUUGUUACUACUGCCUUAAAAGUAACUACUUAUUUGAUAUGUAUUUUACCUGUCCUAAAUGUGGCAUGGAAGUGCAUGACCUGCAGCCAUUAAAAUACAAGAUAGAAAUGAAAGAGGUGUACACUUAGUAGCCUUUUUGAAGACCCCCCCCAAAUUCAUAACUACACUUUGUGAAAUCUACUGAAUAGUGAUAUUUAAAUAAAGCAUUGCCUCU